AUGGGCGCUGUCUGGUCCGCCCUACUGGUCGGGGGAGGUCUGGCCGGGGCGUUCUUCAUUUGGCUGCUGCGAGGGGAUUCUGGGGACCAGGAUGCGGGCCCCGGGGAAGAGCGAGAGUUGUUGCCUGCAGAUGCAGCUCCAGCAGCCCCGGGAGGGGACGGAGGAGGGAAUAGCGGGGACCCCCUUGACCCCAAACCCAAGCAAGUGGUCCAACUCAGGGAGCAGAGAGACGACUGGAACGUCCAGAAAACAGCCGGAGAGCAUCAUCAGGAAAGUAAUGGAUGUUUGGUAUCUGAGUCCAAGAGUAGCAGCCUUGAGGGUCCAACGUGGAAACCCCAGAAUAAUUCUACUCAAGACUUUGACUGUCUGAGACCAGGAGAGCAGGUCUAUUCCACACAGAUGCUGAAGACAGAAUUUCCUCGCUCUACGAACCACUCGGAAGUCUUAAAUAGUGAAAGCCUAGAACCUUCUCGACCAACAGAUCUUCUAAAAGGACAGGAGACGUCCUCCCAGCCAGCCGUGCACUCUUCAGAGAAGUUCCCUUCUGAGAACUCAUCCACGGACGAGCCCGAAGCCCAGGUGAAAGCUCUGCAGGUGGAGAGCUCAGCUCUGGCCGAUCAUGAGGACUGGGAAAUGGUGCCCAGGCAUUCAGUGUGGAGAGAUGCGGGUAAGGGCAAAACCUCUGAGCCUUCCCAUUCUGGUGUCUCUGUGCUCGAACUAGACUGCGGAGGAGAUGCCCUCUGGGAUGCCAAAGGUCAAGAGGCUCCGUUGAAAACAAAGAGAGUGGCAGCGGUGUCCCCGGUGUCUCAGCAAGUCAGUGUCCAAUUCCAGGUCCAUUAUGUCACCACGUCUGAUGCCAGCCUGGUGGCAGUAACCGGAGACCACGAGACCCUUGGCGGCUGGCACAGCUACAUCCCGCUUCAGUGUGGCAAGGAUUGGUUCUGGUCUACGUCCGUCCCCUUGCCGGCGGAUACGGCAUUGAAGUGGAAAUUUGUGGUCGUGGAGAACGGGAGUAUCGUCCGUUGGGAAGAAUGCAGUAAUCGAAUCCUAGAGACUGGGCACGAGGAUGUGGUGGUUUAUAAGUGGUGGGGCUGUCACUGAGUGGUUUCGGGAAGCUUCAGAAUAACUCGUAAGACUGUGGUGCCUUUUCUCUAAUUCUUUGGAUGACUAUAGCUUUCCUCCACGAGAACAGAGGAACUAACUCCAGGAUGAUCCUCAGCAGCUCUCUGAGCCCGUGCACUUUCCCAAGACUCUAACAGCGUUUAUAUGAAGAAGCUCCCCCGCCCCGAGCAAACUUUGGGAUGUCCCAUCCAUGGAUGACCUUGUGCUGGUCUCUUCCUCCUUCAUUGCGCUAACGGGUUGGGUUCUCUUGAGUGGUCUCGGUGGGCAGCAGGGCUCAAACCCACCGAGGACCAGGAUUUCCCUUCAAGGGCGCCCGACUCCUUGUUAGUUUAGCCAAGAAUGAUGGCGUCCUUUGGAUUCUUCCCGAGUAGGUGAAUAAUAUUGUUGCCUUCCUUUGUAGCCCCAGUGCCUGAUGAUUGAUUGAUUUAAUUAAUAUAGUGAAAAGCUCUGGCCUUCCCCAAGUUCAUAGGCUUAAGCCAACAUUUUGAGCAUUGCUUUUCGUUUGUUGGUGUGUUUUGACAGGAGGAAGAAUGUGUAUUUUUUUUUUUUUGCUUCAUUUUCUCAAGGGUUGAAUAUGCUCCCUCUGGGGCCUGAAUAACGGAAAAAAGAUGGAAAUGCAAGUGGGAGUCGCCUCCAUAACAUUUCCUCAAGAAUUGGGAAAUGCUAUGAUACCACAUUUGGAUUCAAACAAGGCCUUUAAAUCAUGCCUUUCUGGGCGCCCCAAUCUAGAAGGAAGACAUUUCCAACCUGGAGCAUUUCACAUCUUUUCUGUCCAUCUUUCCCCACAGGCCCUGCCCAACGUGUUCUGUCCACCCUCACAGGUCUGGCCGGCAGUCCUGGGUUUUGUAAUCCCAGUACGUCGCUGUAGGUGACCUGGGACGAUACUGCUAACCUGGAAAUUGGGGGGCGGGGGGGAUGCUCUUAGAGUUAUUGGAACUGAGAAUACAAUAAAGCUGGCUAUUUUCAUA